AUGGAUGAGCUCCAAUUUGCUAUGUUGUCAAAACCGAACUGGACUGGAAAGGACGAUUCAUUCCGGAAAACCGGGAACUCGUCUACAAACCGUUUAGGUUUUGGCUUAAAACCACUUAAACUGAAAAUCGGGAAAAAACCCGGUCAAAUGUCAGGUCCAGCUGCAAAACUGUUUGACCUGGCGCUGGUUUUACCGGGCUACGAUGACAAUAACACGGUUCAUUCUGGUCAAGACUCCGAUAAUGAUGGAGAUCGUGAGGUGAAUCCGCUUGUGGUACCACUCAUAGAGAAUGCACCAAGUCAGGAGGAGAUUGCACCAAAAUGGUUAAGCCAAAAUGUCUUCAUGGACGCCGAUGAAAGAGAGGAUUUGGAGAAUGAUGAUAGCGAAGAUGAAAUGUAG